AUGGGAUUAGUUAAAGCAGAAGGCCAACAAAUUACGCCAUGCGAGAAGCCGGAGGAGCCAGAACAAGUGGAGGGGCAUACCAUCAAGAAAAUGCUUCACAAAAUCUCCGGACAGCCAAAUUCAUAUGUGAACAAAAUCGACUACAUUUUUGGCCGGACUCUGGGUGCUGGGUCUUUUGGAGUUGUGAGGCAAGCUAGGAGAUUAUCAACCGGUGAAAAUGUCGCGGUCAAGAUCCUUUUGAAGAAAGCAUUGAAGGGCAAUGACGUACAGAUGCAAAUGCUGUACGAUGAGCUUGCCCUUUUGCAAAAACUGGACCACCCUCAUAUAGUCAAGUUCAAGGACUGGUUUGAGUCCAAGGACAAAUUCUACAUUGUAACCCAGCUGGCCGUUGGUGGAGAACUCUUUGAUCGAAUUCUCAAACAAGGCAAAUUUACCGAGGGCGAUGCUAUAAAAAUAGUACACCAAAUUUUGGAGGCAGUGAAAUAUCUACACUCGCGAAACAUAGUCCAUCGUGAUUUGAAGCCAGAAAAUCUUCUUUACUUGACUCCGGACGCAGACUCUGCGCUUGUACUCGGUGAUUUUGGUAUUGCCAAACAAUUGAAUGAAGAUGACGAACUUAUACAUAAAGCUGCGGGAUCAAUGGGCUAUGUGGCUCCUGAAGUUUUGACUACAGACGGACAUGGGAAACCUUGUGAUAUUUGGUCUCUAGGGGUUGUCACAUAUACCUUGUUGUGUGGAUACUCUCCCUUCUUGGCCGAAAGUGUGGAAGGGUUUCUGGAGGAGUGUACAAGCGGUCGAGAACCGGUUACUUUCCAUAAGCCAUAUUGGUCUAGUAUAUCUACUGAAGCAAAAGAUUUUAUUCUCCAAGCGCUCACCGUUGAGGCUCAUGACAGGCCCACUGCAUCCGAACUAUUGAACCAUGCUUGGAUCGCUAAGAAGAUUCACAAGACGGACAAUCUAUUGCCAGGUAUCAAGAAAGAAUUUGAUGCCCGUCGUAGGUUCCGCGAGGCUGUUGAAAUUGUGAAAUUGAACAACAGGAUUAAGAAAUUGAAAGAAUUGUAUUCCACUGGAGAGGAAAGCGAGGAUUCUGACAUCGAAGAGAAUUCCACUUUCAGUGGCCUCAACAAUUCCAUGGCCAAUCUUUCCAUGAGCAGUAGUAGUGCCAACGAAGUGAAUGCAGACUCUUCGCAGAACUUGAAGUCUACUUUAACGCAAAAUGCAUUCGCGCAGAUUGUCAGGGCUGCGACACAAAAUAAGGAUCGCAUCAAAAAAUUCAAAGAUGACUCCGAGAACUCUCAGGAUUGA